AUGGAGGCCGAGCGAGAGGACGGGCGAGUACGCACUGAGCGCAGUCGCGAGUCCGAUUCUACAAGUGAACCUGCUCGAGAUCAGCCAGCCGAACUCUGGCGACGUGAGGACAUACCCGCAGGAGCAGACACGCACACGCGGCUGGGAGAGAGCCAGGGCCAGAAUGAGCCGAGUACGAGAGAGCUGAAGGACGGAUGGUGGGCGAUAGUGGGACCCGCGGGGGAUGAAGGGCGAGGGAAGCUUCAGCCAAACAUCGUCAACAUGCGGAAGAAACAGACGCACAACAUCAGCCGUCAACCGACCCUCACGACGUACUGGAUAUCUCGUGCAGCGACGCAGGUGGAGAAAAUCCUGCACACGGAGGAGUACGUCAGGGCCCGGGAUCAGCGAGCAACCUUCACGGACUCAGCACAUACCAUGGCAAGGACGCGGGUACCGGUGCAGCAGCAGCAGGUGAACUGGGGUGAGCGUCGAGCCGAGUAUGGGGAGCGGCGGAUGAACGUACCGGCCUGGGAGACGUGA